AUGCCCGACUUUGACAAGCAGAGCUAUUGGCACACACGUUUCGAGUCGGAGACGGCCUUUGAAUGGCUGAUCCCAUCGUCUACGUUCAUGCCCCUUCUUGAGUCUUUUCUCAACAAGUUGCCCGGUUCUGAUGCCAGUAUCCUUCAUCUGGGUUUCGGCACGAGUGACUUGCAAGUCCAACUCCGGACGCGUAGCUUUGCCAACAUUACUAAUGUUGACUAUGAGCCUCUGGCGACAGAGAGAGGCCGGCGCCUCGAGAGGGCCACGUUUGGCCAUGUGAGAAUGCAAUAUAUCACUGCCGAUGCAACACAUCUCGAUUCCGUUCCCGAUAUAUCUUCCCAGAAAUACCACCUUGUCAUCGACAAGAGCACAGCUGAUGCUAUUUCUUGUGCAGGCGACGAUGCGGUUUUGGCCAUGGCCCAAGGCAUUCACCGGAGUCUGGCCGAUGGUGGUGUCUGGAUCUCCGUGAGCUACUCGGCUUUCCGCUAUGACAUUCCGCAGUUGCCGUUUGACGUCGAGGUCAUCACCAAGAUUCCAACCGCCAAGGCGAGGGAGACUGAUCCAGAUAUUUAUCACUAUUGCUACCUCCUGCGUCCGAAACCCAAGGCGUAG